UCCCCCGAUUGGCUAUAUUACUUUGGAUGUCGUUUGAGAGUCGAUUUGCACCCUAAGGUUCUCUAUUUCCAGAAGGUGAAUCAUUUCCCGGCAACUUUUUAUUUGGGUCGAAAAGAUCAACUAUGGCGAGGUAUUUCACUUAUGCAAAGAACGCAAGGUCUCGAGGAGUUUGGUUUUAUACCGAGGACAUUUUGUAUUCCUAAGGAACUUGAGCUAUUGGAAAAAGAAUGGAUAGCUGAAGGCGAACCCCACUAUUGGAUUAUUAAACCACCGGCAAAGGCCAGAGGAAUUGGAAUUCAAGUGGCCACGAAAUGGUCACAAAUAUUAAAGGCUAAUGACGUUAUUGUUCAGAAGUACAUUUCAAACCCCUUCUUAAUCAACAAUGCCAAAUUUGAUCUUCGCAUCUAUGUUUUCCUCUAUUCCGUCUACCCUCUAAUUAUUUAUAUACAUAAAGAAGGUCUGGUAAGAUUUGCAUCACAUCAGUAA